AUGGAUUUGUUAGAUGGAAUAGAGGACUACUCGUCAACUCAAUUUCAAAACAAAAUUGUAAUAAAAUCCACUCAACAACAAGAAGAAGAUGGGACACAAGAAAACCAAACUGAAUCGUUGUUAGGAUUGGAUCUCGAUGCAAUUUCAAAGGUUUUCAAUGAGGAAGGUAACGAAGAUGAAGAUAUUCCCAAUUUCAGUAUCUUGGAUAAAAUUAGUAAAAGAUUAAAUGGAGGUGGUGAUGAUGAUGAUGUCGAGGAAAAUGGAGAAGAGAAUCAAGCUAAUGAGGAAACACAGAAAACUGCUGACGACGCGUCACAUCAAACCAAGUUUCAAUUACUUCCACAACUUGCAGUCGACGAGACAGAAUAUAGUAAUGCCGACUCAACCACUCAAGUCAUAAAUCCGACUCAAAGAAUCGCGUCUACACAAGUGAUUGAAAAAACACAGGUAAUUGCUAAACCAAGUGGAAUUGAUCAAACUCAAGUUAUUGAAAAACCACAAUUAGACAAAACCCAGGUAAUACUGAAACCUACCACCAUUGACAAGUUGUUUGUCUCGGAUGAUGAAUUAGAAAACGGACCUAUCCAACCAUCAUUAUCCAAAGAAGAAAGAGAAGCCAGGAUUGCUGAUCUUGCUGAGAAAAAACGUCUUGAAAGAUUACAGAAAGAACGUGAAGAAUUAGAAUUAGAUAUCACCAGGGGUACAUUGACAGAUGAAGAAGAGGAAUUGAACCAAGAAGCCAAUGAUACUGUUGUUUCUUCACAUCUUCCAAAAGAAGGUUUAUCAACUAAAGAAUUAGAAAAGGCACAAGAGUUCUUGAAUAUUCAAAAACGUCAUGUUGAUAUUCGUCCCGAGUUUGAGAAAAAAGUUGUUUUCACUAAAGAUAAGUUAUUAUCUGCAUUUUCUGAUGAUGAAGAUGAAGACGAAGCUGCAUUACCUAUCAUUCCAGAAAGACAACCAUCGUCUCCUACUGUCGAAGAAAUCUUAAGAUCAAGUCCAUUUACAUCCCCAGUGAAGGAACAACACGAGAAUAUAAUGGAUUUAUUUCAAAAACCAGUUUCUAAGCCAAAGAAUCCGUUGGAAAUCUAUACCGAAAAACUCAAGCAACAACUUUCGAGUUCACCAACAUUGGGCAAUGGCGGUGCCAAGGGAUUGAUCAAUUUAGAUUCAGAUUCAGAUAUCGACAUUGUGUCUUCUUCCCCUACAAAACAUCGUUCCACCAAUGUCAAUACCCAACCUUCUAAAUUUUCCAAUCGUGCUAAAGAAUUGGAUAAAAUCCCAGAACUAACCAAAGAACAAAGGUUAAUGAUCAAACAGAAGUUUUCAAAGAAAAAGUUUCAAAAUUGUAAGAACAACAUGUCUGCUAAUCCACAACAACAUCAAAAGGAAACCGAUUUCUUCAAGAAAUUGCGCAAGAAGAAUAUAGAUCAGUUGAAGUCAAAUAAAUUAAAUGAUCCUGACCAUGCUAUACUAGAAGAAUUAGAACAGGAUGAACAAACCAUGACUUCGCUUUUGGAAAGAGAAAUGGAAAGAGCAAGAAACAUUAGAAAGAAGGAGAAGUUACAAGAACGAGCUAAGUUGGCUUUGAUGGGCAAGGCAUUAGGUGUUGAAGAACAAGACGAUGAUGCUGAUUAUACCAAUGAUGUUCCAGAAAGUGAUGUUGCCGAAUCUGAAGUGCCAGAAAGUGAUUAUGAUUCUGAAAUGGAUGACAACGACAAUGAAGAAGAAGAAGAUGGGGAUGAAGCUCCUGGUAAGAUUGAAGAUAAUUUUAGAAGCGAUGAUAGUUAUAUGUUUGGUGGUGGUGAUUUAGAUCAUGAUGCCGAUAAAGAUCAAAAAAUUACCACUACCUUGGAUGAUGGAAAACAUGUUCAACAGCAGAAUCUAACGUCAGAAUAUGAUGAUAAUUCUUUUGCUAAUAAAAGUACAGAACUUUUCCAAAACUUAAAGCCAAGAACAAGUAAUGAAGAUUCAUUUAUUUCAACUCAGGAUGAAGGCAGUUUACUACUGAUCCAACCACCUCAAUUUGAUAAUAUUACCCAACUUGCAACGCAAACUCAAGUAGAUGGUGAACCCACUCAAAAAGAUGAAGAAGCAACUCAAAAGGAUGAAAUGGUCACGCAAAAGGAUGAAGUAACCACGCAAAGGGAUAGAGCAGUGACACAGAAGUCAACUUCUACUAAAGAAACACAAGUGAUUUCCAGACCGAAGGAGGUCGAAGAAGAAGAUGACGAUGAUUUGGUAACUCCAGCUCAUGUUCAACGUGGACGUAAACAGGUGAGAAAUAAUAUGCUUAAGGUCGAAGAAGAGGAAGACGAGGAUAAUAAGGAGCUGGAGCAAUUAGAUGAAGAUGAAGAUGAAGAUGAAGAUGAAAGUCCUGAAGCUAUGCAACGUCGAAUCAAGGAAUACGAGUUAAAGAUUAGAAAACGGGAAUUGAAGAUACGUAAAAGAAGGAAAGAUAUGGAAAGAAGAGGUCUUAAGAAUAUAAUUGAAGGGGAAGCAGAAGAAUCUGAAGAUGAAUGGAAAGGUUUAGGUGGUGUUGAUGGAGAAGUCUCCGAUGUUGCCAAUUCUGAAGAUGAAAGAAUGAUUGAUAAUAACUUCAAUAUUGAUUUGAAGAAUGAAGAAAUUAGAAAGAAGUUUAUGGAAGAUUAUCAAAUUAAGGAUCAAAAGGAAUUGGAAAAAUUAUUAGACGAUAUUAAGAAUCAUCGUUUGAUUAAACGUGCUGGUGUUGCCAAUGGGUUAGAUAUCGAGAUUAGUGAUGAAGAAGAUAGUUUAUUGGAAGCUUAUAGACGUCAAAAACUCAUGGAACAACAACAAAGAUUAUUGAAGAAUAAGAAAUUGCUUGAAAUUUAUAAAAAUGAAAAGUCCAAAGCUUUCUUUAACAGUAUCAAAGAGAAUAUUGAGAUAAUCAAGAUAGAUGAUAGUGAUUCUGAUGAUGAUGAUAUUCAAGUUGUUGGUGAAUCCAAGAAAGAAAAGGAAAAAUCUGAUACUGAAGAAGAUAAUGAUUCAUUGGAAAAAGAAGCCCCAGUUAAAAAGACCAUUAAAAUUGAUGAAAAUUUUGUCAGAAAGAAAUUAUCAUUUUUGUAUUCAGCUAAUGAUGAUUGUGAAGAAUAUGAAAGAUUGCAAAGAAUCUCAAAACUUCAGCAUGGAUUUGAUGUUGAAGAUGACGAAGAUGUUGAAGAUGUUAAGGCAUUAAAAUCUAAAAGUAUUCUCAAUUUGACUACUAAAAGCAGGUCAACUACUCCAGUUGGAUCUAUAUCUGAAAAUCAAUCCAGAAAGAGAAGCCACGAUGAAACUGGAGAUACUGAUGUUGAUGACGAUGAUGAUAUUGCUGAACUCAUUCCAUCAUUUAAGAAACCUUCUGUUGUGAGUUCGUUCAGAUCAUUCCAGGAACAACAAGGUAUUACUAUUAAAGAUGGUAAACAACAUUUCUCGGGUGUUACUAUUAGUAAACAAUAUAAGGUUGUUUCAGGAUCUAAAGCAUCAAUUACAUAUAUGUCAAAUAAUAGCAAACGACAAUUGAAAAGUUUGAAAGAAAAGAAGAUUGAAAAAACAAUUAAUAUUUCCAAAGGCAAGAAAAACAGUUUUUUCGAUAAUUCAAGUUUUGAAUAG